AUGUCUCACACAAUCAUGAAUGAGAGUAAUUAUAAAAAGAUAUUGAGUAGAAUUCAUUGGUAUAUAAAUUUGUAUAUCUUUUCAUUUAGAUUAAGAGAGUUAGAUUUGAUGAAAUUAAAGGAAAUUAAACUAUUUUAUUAUUGUAGUAUAAGAAAAAGAAUCAAUAGGAAUGGAUUAACAGAGUUCUAACAGGUGUUUGUGUUUCAUAUUUCAGGUAUAUAUAUACUAUUAAAAUUGGAAUUGGAUGAGAAUGAGAUAUUUCAUCUAUUAAUAUUUUUAGUAAUUAAUAACCCUCAAUUAUUUAAAAUGUGA